AUAAGCAGAGGCGUACAAAUGCUGACUGCCCCGAGUGCGAGGUUGGUUGCUUGCUGGGGAGUGGAAGUGGGUACCUCUCACAUGGUCUUGUGGUAUGAGUGAAUGAAACGAAAGCAACGAGCGAGAGGGACGGGCAGGUCGGUGUCGUCGGAUCGAAACGGUCGGGUCGGGUCGCGUACCUUUUGCACUGGCACUACUCCUCCAGUCUGGCUUGAGAGGGCCUUUUGAAAAGCUGUCUUGCGCUUAGCGAUUUUUCUUUAUCCGCCACCGUGGUUCAAUGGUUGCCUUCUGAAGCGCCGUGUUAAGUGGAAGUGCUAUAUGGGAGGUAACACCACACAUUUAAAUGGAUGUUGAGUGCACAAUUGAUUGACGUGGACACUUUUUAGUGGCUAUUUUCCGGGGCAGACUGUGGGUAUCAGAGGUGGUGUCAGCCAAGUGCUACAAUGAUAAUUGCUAUCGCAUCCAACCAUUUAUCACCGUGAUCUCUUGAGGUCGGUCUCCUACACAAAUCAGAGGUCACUCAAGUAGUUCGCGGUAUUUUGAACAUAAAGGUCGUGCUUGUGAUUUGAACAGAAUUACACACAUAGGGCAACAAUCGUUGUCAUAAAUAUAGAUUGCCUGAGAAUUUCUUUGCUCGUUCAUUUUUUCCCAAGUUUUCUUUUUUUUAUUAAGUGGACACGGAAGUUUAUUAACAAUUGCAGGUGGAACUCUUGAAUUAUUUCUUCGUGUGCACGAAUCCUCACUCACAUCCUGGAGGAUUCUGCAUUGUAAUAAAUACUUUCACCGAACAUUUUGGGGAAAGUUUAUGUGAUUUUGAGCAUAGAAGUGAAGCAUAUUGCUUAAUUAUUAAUUUUUUUGUAUGUAAUGUAACUAUGCUAUCAGUGACUUAUUGAUAUAUAUAAAUUGAUGCAAUUUCGCGCGAAACUGCGGGCAGUUCUAAUACACCAUAUCCUCCCCCGUUUAUUAAAACGGUAAAUUUUAGUGGUGAGUGUCGGCCCCAACAUUGGGGGGCCAAAACCGGCAAUAUUAUCACACACAAUUCGCUAAGUGUGUACGGGGGUGGCGUCCUGUGCCCAUCACCGUCCACAGCCACCGGAUUCUUCAAUCCUCGCGGCCAGGGAUCCGAAAUCAACGCGCUGGAGCUUGGGUUCCCGCGGAGUAUGGCCCUAGUUGCACCUCCGCCCCCAAGUGUAUGGCGCGAUCCCAAUCUCGGUAGUCACAUACCCGUAACUACCGCAACAUCCUCGGAGGAGCUCACCACUCUUGGACCAUUGGUACCAACGUCAAAGCAAGAACUUGUGCAACAGAGCAUCACACCAAAUUCCCAGGCAAAUAGUUCCCAGAGUGGCGGCAGUUCAUCACAGGCGGUGGAUGUUAAACCAAAUCAGAACAUUGAGUGUGUUGUUUGCGGUGAUAAAAGUUCAGGAAAGCACUAUGGCCAAUUUACGUGCGAAGGUUGUAAAUCAUUCUUCAAGCGAUCAGUCCGGCGCAAUUUAACGUAUUCUUGUCGAGGAAAUCGAACCUGUCCCAUCGAUCAACAUCAUAGGAAUCAAUGCCAAUAUUGUAGAUUACGGAAGUGCCUCAAAAUGGGAAUGCGUCGUGAAGCUGUUCAGCGAGGACGAGUUCCACCCUCACAACCCACUGGAUACCCAGGAAUGCACGGACAGUAUGCUCUAACGAAUGGAGAUCCGUGUGCAGCUGGUUUCAAUGGACAUUCAUACCUAAGUUCCUACAUAUCGUUGCUCUUGCGUGCUGAGCCUUAUCCCACAUCCCGAUAUGGGCAGUGUAUGCAACCAAAUAAUAUAAUGGGGAUAGACAAUAUCUGUGAAUUAGCAGCGAGGCUACUAUUCUCGGCGGUGGAGUGGGCCAAGAAUAUCCCAUUCUUCCCGGAGCUUCAAGUAACGGAUCAGGUGGCUUUACUGCGACUGGUGUGGUCGGAGCUUUUUGUACUAAAUGCAUCUCAGUGUUCAAUGCCGCUCCAUGUGGCGCCCCUACUUGCCGCCGCGGGACUCCAUGCGUCUCCCAUGGCGGCGGAUCGGGUGGUGGCUUUCAUGGAUCACAUCAGAAUAUUUCAGGAGCAAGUGGAAAAACUUAAGGCGCUUCAUGUUGAUUCAGCCGAAUAUUCCUGCCUGAAAGCAAUUGUCUUGUUCACAACAGAUGCCUGCGGUCUAUCGGAUGUCACACACAUUGAGUCGCUGCAGGAGAAAUCACAAUGCGCCCUUGAGGAAUAUUGUAGGACCCAAUAUCCAAAUCAACCAACGAGGUUUGGAAAAUUAUUACUUCGGCUUCCAUCACUGAGGACGGUGUCGUCGCAGCAGGUCAUCGAACAGCUCUUCUUCGUCCGCUUGGUGGGGAAGACACCCAUUGAGACACUCAUCCGUGACAUGCUGCUGUCAGGAAAUAGUUUCUCUUGGCCAUACCUCACAUCAAUGUGACACACAGUGUGGCGUCAGCUAGCGACAACCUGAUCUUCAGCGAUGGGGCCAUCGCUAGCCCCCUUUAGUGGUUGCUGCAGUGUCCCGUCCACCACUGGCCAGGUCUCAACGAUGGAUCAAGUGCCACUGACACACUCUACCAUCCCGUCCGCGGAUCACCUUCCAGCCAGCGCAGCCACGGCCGCCACAAUGCCUAAUCAGCUGCAGGCCAGCGACAUCCCCGUGGCCGUGGAUGUGAAGUGACCCACGGAGACUCAGGAAGCUCUCCUGAUCAAUCUUCCUCUCUAGUGCAAAAUAACAUUGAUUCCUGCGCCUGUGUGUGGUCUCCUUCCCUCCCCCCCCCAAGCAAUGGAAUAUCUUGCACUCCAGUUAGACAAUACUAUCCCCGAGUUCUCUCCCCACUCCCCCUCCAAGUAAUUUAUUUCAUAUCACUGCUCAGUGAUUGAGGAAGAAAUGUGACAGAGAAUCAAUAGGUAAUUAAGAAUGAAAGAAAAAAAAUUAAAUUAUUGACAAACUGUAAAAAAAAAAUAGGAAAAUUGUGAGAUAAAAAUGAAAAUUUUCAAAAGAAAAAAAAACUCUACUUAGGUGCCAUUUGUAUUAGGAAAAGAAAAGAAAACUUUUUCAGAUCAAAUAAAGAAAAAGAAAAACUUAUAUAAAAUAUUGCAAAAAAAAUUGUAAGAUUAUAUAAAGUUUUUGUGACUUGUUUCAAGUGUAAAUUUUUCUCAGAGAAAAUCACAAAAGGCAAUAUUGCAAUAUUUUCAAAUAAAUUAUUUUUUAUCACUCUUGAAAUUAUACAAUUUAGGGGUGAUAUUUUUUUAUUACUUAAAAAUGGACAUUUCUUUAAAAGAAUAUUUUUUAAGCCACUCUUGCAAAGAUUUUUAAAAAUAUAUUUAGUUCUUUUUUUUUAUUCAAAAAUCAAGAAACUUUUAUUUUAAUAAAUCAUGGUAAUAUUAAAUAUUUCAAACAAUCAAACGUUAGAUUUUCUGUGAUUUGCUUUAAUAUAUUUUUUCAAUUUUCAAAAAUAAAAGAAUGAUGGAAAAUUCAAAGACAUUAAUUAGUUUAAUUAAUUUGUAAUUGUGGCAUUUGUGACCAUUAAAAAAAUAUCCUUGACAUUCAAAAGCAAUAAACUUGUUUUUCCCAAAAAAAAAAUAAAAUCCUAUUAUUUAAAAAAAAAUCUCUAUUUUUUAGCUAAAAAUAAAGUUUUUAUACAACUAUUUUAAAUAUUACAACUUUAUACAAUUCUUUUAUUUUAAUAUUUUUAAUUUACGAGAUUCCUCAUCUCAAAAACCAAUAUAUUGUUGUGAUCAAAAUUAUUAUAAAAGUAAAUAUUACUGACUUAAAUAGUAAAAAUUAAUUGUAAAUAUAAAAAAACUGUACAUAAAUAGAAUUAAAUUGAUGAGACAGAAGUUUUAUUUUCUUCUAAUUAUC